GUCAAGGCAGAAAACAAGACAUGGGGAGGUCAAGACAAGGGCGUCGGGAAUCUUGGCGAGGCCUUUUGCUUUCGACAGCCGCCAUUCGUCCAUAGCAGCCGCGACAAUCGGGAGAGGAGAGGAGAAGAGACGUAUGCCCAAAGGCGAAGGAAGGCCAUGCGUGAUCGGACACUCAUGACUCAUGACUCACGACUGCCGAGACAACAUCUUCACUUCUUGGACAGAUCGGGCUGCGCAAUGCUGAGUCCGUGGACUCGCGCAAGGGAUCAGCGACUGAGCGCGCAUGAAGGCAAAAUCGGGCUAAUCUGAAUCAGGAUGCAAUGAGGAGUUUCAGCAGAGAUGAGAUCGAGACGCUUGGGAUCAGCUGAGGUGCAACAGUCUCACAGGCUUCCACUGCAAUGUUGUCAGUCUUUUGACGCAGGACACGCAGAGAGCCUGAUGGAUGCUUUGUCACCUCUUGGCUCAGCAGCAAGCUCCAUCCUCGCGGUACUAUGCCCUGCAGAGCUCAGCAUUCCUCCGAAUGCGCAGCACAGAUAGGCUUGCCGGUAAGCCUUGGCGCUAGCAUCCACGUCUACUUUACGGUACAGCACUAGUACCUACUGUCGGCUGCUGUAUCUGCCCAAAGCAUCGUGAACUGGAAGUCUAGCCACGGCAAGAUCGAUUGGGCAAGAGGCAAGAAAUGAGCAGCCGCCGGCGGCGACGUGGCGCAAAGCGUCGGAGAUGGGUAGCUGAUUCCAGACACCUUCCAUUCGUGUGCCAACAGCAAGAUAAAGGCAUCGCAGCUGAUGAGCCCACGCCUUCCUCGUCUCUCCUCCUCUUGAAUUCUCGCCGUAAAGUAGAGCACAUCAGACGAUCCUUCUUCUGAUCGUACACCUUCGCGUUUCCCGCUCCAGCUUCGGCACCACUACCCCCCAUCAGAGUGGCUUCCUUAGAUUCAUUGUCAAACAGGUACUUGCUAUGAUCUUCGAUCCGCCGAGGAACAACAUGGAAGCGUCCGUCUCGAGUGCCCAAUUUCCGCCGAGCAAGGCCUCAGCUCCCUCCAGUGCUGUUUCAAACAUUCCUGCUACUCAGUGUGAUGGGUCAGC